AUGAACAGUUCAAAAUCACCAGGACUGGCUGGAUUUGGAAUUUUGAGAAACACUACCUGCCACACAGAGAAGAAAAUUUCCGUUUUCUUUUCAAUAAUCUUCAUGACAGUGGGAAUUUUGUCCAAUAGCCUUGCAAUAGCCAUUCUCAUGAAGGCGUACCAGAGAUUUAGACAGAAAUCGAAAGCCUCAUUUUUGCUUCUUGCAAGUGGCUUGGUUGUCACAGAUCUCUUCGGCCACCUCAUCAAUGGAGCCAUUGCAGUGUUUGUGUAUGCAUCAGAUAAAGACUGGAUUCGAUUUAACCAGUCCAACAUUCUUUGCAGUGUUUUUGGCAUCUGCAUGGUUUUCUUUGGUUUGUGCCCACUCUUACUGGGCAGCGUGAUGGCUGUUGAACGGUGCAUUGGAGUCACUAAGCCAAUAUUUCACUCUACAAAAAUGACUUCUAAACAUGUGAAAAUGAUGUUGACUAUGGUAUGUCUGUUUGCUGUUCUUAUAGCUUUGCUGCCUGUUCUUAGGUUUAGAGCCUAUCAAAUUCAAGCAUCGAGGACCUGGUGCUUCUAUAAAACAGAACAUGUUGAGGACUGGGAAGACAGAUUUUAUCUCUUACUUUUUUCUUGCCUUGGGUUACUGGCCCUUGCUAUUUCAUUCUUGUGCAAUGCUGUGACAGGAAUGACCCUCUUAAGAGUCAAAUUUAAAAGUCAACAAAGACAAGGCAGAUCUCAUCAUUUUGAAAUGAUCAUUCAGCUCUUGGCUAUAAUGUGUGUUUCUUGCAUUUGCUGGAGUCCAUUCCUGGUGACAAUGGCCAGCAUUGGGAUAAGUGAGAGUCGUUCAAAGGAGACCUGUGAAACAAUACUUUUUGCACUCCGAAUGGCAACGUGGAAUCAGAUUUUAGAUCCCUGGGUGUACAUUCUUCUCCGGAAAGCUGUACUUAAAAACCUGUACAAAAUCACAAGGGGAUGUUGUGGUGUGCCCAUCGUAAACUUACACAUGCUGGAACUCAGCUCCAUCAAAAAUUCUUUGAAAGUUGCAGCAAUAUCUGAGUCACCAAUGAGUUCCAAACAAAUAAACCUGCAGCCACUCACCUCUACGGGGCAAUAA